GUCCGUUACCCCGACCGCAUCACGUUGAUCCGGGGCAACCACGAGAGCCGGCAGAUCACCCAGGUCUACGGCUUCUACGGUGAGUGCCUGCGCAAGUACGGCUCCGUCACCGUUUGGCGUUACUGCACCGAGAUCUUUGACUACCUCAGCCUGUCCGCCAUCAUCGACGGCAAGAUCUUCUGCGUGCACGGGGGCCUCUCGCCCUCCAUCCAGACGCUGGACCAGAUCCGCACCAUCGACCGCAAGCAGGAGGUGCCCCACGACGGCCCCAUGUGCGACCUCCUCUGGUCCGACCCUGAGGGUAGCGGCCGGGCCCACCAGCUCGUCAUGGAGGGCUACAAGUGGCACUUCAACGUGACCGUCCUCACUGUCUGGUCCGCCCCCAACUACUGCUACAGGUGCGGGAAUGUGGCGGCCAUCUUGGAGCUGGACGAGCACCUGCAGAAAGAGUUCAUCAUCUUCGAGGCGGCGCCGCAGGAGACGCGGGGGAUCCCCUCCAAGAAGCCGGUGGCCGACUACUUCCUGUGA